AUGGCGAGCAAGGUAGAGAAGACGGACGACGAGUGGCGGGCGGUGCUCUCGCGGGAGCAGUUCCGGGUGCUGCGGCAGAAGGGCACCGAGCCCGCGGGCAGCGGCGCGUACGACAAGCUCUACGACGACGGCGUGUACAGCUGCGGCGCGUGCGACGCUCCGCUUUACAAGAGCACAACAAAGUUCAAUAGCGGGUGCGGCUGGCCGGCGUUCUUCGACGCGAUCCCGGGGGCGGUGACGCGGCACGUGGACAGCUCGUGGGGCAUGCAGCGCACGGAGAUCGUGUGCACCGCGUGCGGCGGGCACCUCGGGCACGUGUUCAAGGGCGAGAAGUACGACACACCCACCGACGAGCGCCACUGUGUCAACUCGAUCUCACUCACGUUCCGCGACAGCGACGGCGUCGCGAAGCCCCAGGUGCCGCGGGGAGGGAUUGUCGGGUGGAUCAGGAGCGCACUGGGCGCGGUGCUGUAG